GCGCAGUGAAUACGGGGUAUUUGUAGAUGACGGUCGGAUCACCUGCCAAUCUAUGUCUGCGUGUUCAUGUCCUUAAAAGUGUUGAUACCCCCUCCUCUCGCCUUCAGUAAACAGUGCAAAUUCUGCCUGCACUGAGUAGUACUGUACUUGCUCUGUUACACGCGUUCAUUCGUUGAUGACGUCCUUUCUUUAUAACUGACAUUCUUUUUUGCUCUCUACAAAACAUGAAGUAUUUCUUUUCAUCGAGCCUCGUGCUCGCCCUCUCAUGGGCAAAUACCGCAGUAGCACAGGCUGCGUGCUCGAGUAAUCUGUUAAUUGACGACUACUCCAAAUUUUCUUCCAACUCCAACUCCCUUGGGUUUUACACAAGCGGUAUGUCUUUAUAACUAUAUAUACAUUUUUGAGAACUUUACCCAGUGUCUAAUUCUCGAGAUAGAUGAUGGAACAACCACCAACCUCAAGGCCGAUGCUGCAAACAAAAAGAUCUCCUUCACCAGCAGCCCUUCCAGCUACUUCUAUACUACUUUUGAAUGCGAACAAGCUAAAACCAACAAGUACACCGCACUCACAUUUCCAGUAAAGGGACCAGCUGCCGCCCAGUUGACAGUCGAAUUACAAACUUCGAGCUCCUGUGCGACGCAAGAGUAUACAAGUUAUUUCACGACAGCUGCUUUAACUGGAGACACCCAAACUAUUACCAUUCCAUUAAGCUCGUUUCCUGGCGCCAACCUCGACGCUAUUAAGGCAUUUGUUUUCCAGGGGUUCUCUGUCGACGGUACCUGGGAAUUAGGCCAAACCUCGUUGGUGUGCUCUGGUGGAAAUACUGCUCCUACUCCAGCACCACAGCCCACGAGUACUCGAGGACCACAAGCAGUUUCAACCGAUAUUGCUGGUCCCGCUCCAACCGGAGCGUGCCAACCUCUCUUGGUAGACGACUUUCUUUCCCAAUCCAGAUUGACCUUCUUGUUCUACAAUGCCAUGUUAGAACCAACCUCUGACGACGCAACUAUGGCACCAGUUGAGGGCCGAGCUGAUACUACAACCUCAGUCAUCGUUGCCGACAACCACCUCACUCUCACGCCUGCUACUGGAGGAAACUCGUACUGGUACACACAACUAGGCUGUACGAAAGCGACAAACGUCUACGGUGGUAUUGGCAUGAACAUCAAAGCUGCAGCGGGAACCACCUUUGGCGUCCAGCUUCAAACUUCCAAGGAUUGCACUACCACCAACCCCACUGCUAUUGACGUUUCGUCAACUGAUCUCGGUUGGGUGUUUGAUGGAACGGAAAAGUACUAUACUAUUCCAUUCUCUAAGUUCAAUGGAUUAGACACCGAGCAUGUUAUGACUCUCCUCUUCUCUGGACUCAGUAACGCCGUUACCUUCGGUCCUAUUGCAUUCUACUGCGGCAAUACCGGAGCUCCAUACUCAGUCAAGCCCUUGCCUGCUGUUACUGAGUCCACCGAGACUAUCGCAGCUACCUCUGGAUCAUCGGAUCUCGUCAUUGAUACAUUCACAAGUACCGAAUCCAACAACCUAGGCUUCUACCAUGGAGGUGACGAUGCCGAGUUGUUCAAACAGGAAAAUGGAAAACUUACCAUCAACACUAAGGGAAACUCUGAUAUUAACUGGUACACUCAAAUCUCUGGUGGAUGCACUGAUAUCACACCCAACGACAACGGAUAUUUGCACAUUGCUUACUCUGGAAGCAAUGAGUUUUCCAUUGCCCUUCAACAACACAACCCUACCUGCAACCCAGAUAUUGCUCCAUAUCCAUUUACAUGGGACUCUGUUGAAGCAUCGCGUUAUACCAACACAGCAAAGACCGACAUCUACGUCCCUAUUUCUCACUUCACGAUUGACCGCACCAAGUCAAUUGGAUUUGCUCUCAAGGGUUUCUUCACCGCCACCACUACGACCGUCACCAAGAUGGAGAUUGUGAAGAGCGUCCCCAACGGCUUCAUUGUACCAAGUAAGCUCGACACCGCUCCUCUCAUCUUUGCAUGCACACGACCAAACUCGUUUGCAUUCGCAAUCGAUGAUGGAUCGCCAGAGUUCGCCCCGCGUGUAGUCGAGACUAUUGCUGCCGCUGGUAUCAAAGUCACUUUCUUCACCGUUGGUGCACCACUCCUCGACGAGAGCACCAACCUCACCAACGUCUACAAGAACAUGCUCACUCAAGGACACCAAGUCGCCUACCACUCCUACACUCACCCACCUAUGGAAGGUCUUCCUUCCCUUGCAGCUAUCGAUUGGGAAAUUCAACAAGAUAUCGACGCUGUUACCAAGACCCUCGGUAUCACCUCCACCUAUUUCCGACCACCUUUCGGAACCGAGGGUGCUCGUGUUCGACAACGUCUUGCCGCUCUCAUCCCCGAUAUCAAAUUCAUCGGAUGGAGUGUUGAUGUUCAAGAUUGGUUAUGGGCUUCCACCGACACUCCCGAGAAGCAACUUACAAACUUCGAGGCCGAUGUUGCCAAGGGAGGUAACUUGGUUGUUAUGCAUUAUUUGUUUGACAGCACCGUUUCCUAUCUUCCUCAGUUCAUCGAGAUAGCACAGAAGACGGGCAAGCAGUUGAUGAGAGUUGAUCAAUGUUUGGAGGAUCCUAACGCUCCUCCUUUGUAGAUGUAUUGUACGAGAUGUAAGAUUUAAUAUGUGCACGGGAUAGGGGAUGUUACAAUAGCUCACUUGUUAUAACGAAUAUAUUAAUAUUAUGG